AAAUAGCAAAAGAAGGUGUGUUUUGUUCUUAUUCAAACUUCUUUAUUUAAGUCACCAUCAUUUAGGUUUAAUAACUCUUGCUGGGAAAUUUGGGUUCACACUAGCCACUACUAUUUUGCAAGAACCAUCCAAAAAAAAAUGGCCAGCACUAUCUCUUAUUUCUCCUUUUCUUUUUCUAUGGAGACUUGUUCAAACGUGGAUCCCACCUAACAAUAUUUUCCUUGCAGUUUCCGUCUACAAUGAAAAUUACUACAAGUUUUAUUUUUGUUUAAUGCGUAACAGUUUUCUUUUUAUUUUUUUUUUAAUAUCUCAUUUGAAUUUUUUGGGCAGCAAAGAGCUAGUGUUUAUUAUUUAUUUAUUUAUUUAUUUUGUUCAAUCUUUUAAGCUUUGGUAUUCCGAUUUAACCUUUACCUUUUCCAUUGUUGUUGUUCAUUUCUGGUCUUAACUACUUUGAAGGUCCUCAUCAUCAUCGGCCAUGGAUAUGGAGUCAGAUUCUUUAACAAAGAUGAAAAGAACCAAAACCCAUCAAGAGGAUUGUCAACCCUCAAAUGGGUUCGAAAAUCUGCCGCCGGAGAUCACCUUCGACAUACUUUCACAGCUCCCAAUAACAUCUCUGGUCCAGUUCAAGUACGUCUGCCGAUCAUGGCGUCUGAUUGGCCAAGACCCGAAUCUCCUCGAAGAGUACAGUUCACGAACCUCAGACGAAAACCCAUGUAUCAUCUUCCACUACGAUUCCCCAAUCCGAAACGAGCUCUUCUUCGUGGACCUCCACGGCGAUUCUUACAGAGACCAAAACCAGAGCCACCCCGUCAGAAAGAUCAGAACACCGUUUAGCUCAUCCAUGCCCGAAUACGACGUCGUUGGAUCGUGCAACGGUUUGUUAUGUUUGUCUGACUCCUUGUACAAUGAUGCUAUCUAUAUAUACAACCCUUUCACAAGAGAUUACAGAGAACUUCCCAAGACUAAUCGUUAUCCGGACCAAGAGGUUGUGUUUGGCUUCGGAUUUCAUCCUAUCACCAAGGAGUAUAAGGUAAUCAAAAUUAUCUACUAUUACAAGGAUGGUAAUAAAGGUCACCACCAUGUGAGCCAUCGUUUCAGAGUACCAACACAAUCAGAGGUCCAAGUACUAACUUUGGGAAGUAGUUCAAGCAGGUGGAGGAGCUUAGGCAAAGUGUCUCACUACCUUCAUCAUUGCCCAGCUGUCUUAGUCCAAGGAAGACUUCAUUGGAUGACUUGUCGUCCAAGGUACCGGACCGGUCGAAACCUGGUCUCGUUCGACCUUGGGGAAGAGAAAUUUUGUGAGGUUGCGAAACCAGAUGUUAUGGGCAUGAGGAGGUGUGACUACCAUCUGGUGGCUGUGAGAGGUUGCCUUGCUGCAGCCUUCUAUUUGAAUUACGGGAAAAUGGAGAUUUGGGUUAUGAAAGAGUAUGGUGUUAAAGAAUCUUGGACUAAGGAGUUUGUUAUUAGAAGUAAUAUUUCCAAGGCCAUUAAAGAAGUGAAUCAGUGUUCCUCCAUUGCUUGUGGUAGUGUGUCCAAAUUUUCUGUGAAAGGAAGACCUGUUCGGGUUGUUUGUGUUUUGAAGAGUGGUGAGAUUUUGUUGGAGUAUAAAAGCAGAGCUUUAACUCUUUAUAAUCCACAAACUGGAAAGCAUAAGGAUCUUGUGUUUCAGGGGAUGCCUAAUUGGUUCCAUUCAAUUGUUCAUGCGGGUACUCUCAACCAGAUUCAUACCCUAAUUGGUACGUAAUAAUUUAUAUACAUACAUAUAAGUCCUCUAUUUGUGUCUUUUCAAAAAAAAAAGUCCUCUAUUUGUGUGUAAUUGAGGAAAAACCACCCCCCAAGAAGAAAAAGAAAAAUCUUUUCAAUAUAUUUAGACUACAAUUUUCAUUCUUAUAUUAGUGAUUUUUAUUUCCCAGCAUAGACUAUUGGUUCACAGACUUAUUAUAAUGUGUCUAUUUCUCUUUAUAGCUCUUCUUGGUAAAGCCAAUGUAUCAAUUAAAAGCAACUAACUUAAUUUGGCGUAUGUAAUUAUGGUUGGCAUGCAUUUCAUUGGCUGAAUUCCAAUAUUUUGUUCCAA